UAUUUUUACGUUAGCUUUAUUCGUGACGUGUGAAACUGUGAGUUUGAGACGCCAUUUUAUGUAACUUCUUUUACUUCAUUUCAUUUUACAGUCAUAAAAAUUGUGUAAUAAAUAGUUUAAUAGUGGUAUUUUCAACAACAAGUUUUUAGCGUUCUUCCGUACUGGCUUCUGAAGAAUCUAAAAUGCCGGGCGCCGGUACAUUCAAAAUCUUCGUCGGCGGUCUUUCCGAUAAAACAACCGACGCUGAUCUUAGACCGCUGUUCGAAAAAUACGGUACCGUCGUAGAAUGCGAUAUCGUCAGAAAUUACGGUUUCGUGCACAUGGAAAAUGAGCAAGUCGGUCGCGAAGCUAUUCAGAACUUAAACGGAGAGGUAGUUCAUGGCCAACCGAUAAAAAUAGAGGCGGCCAAGAGCCGGAAGGCGCCGUCGACGCCGACCACAAAAAUAUUCGUCGGUAACCUUACGGACAAGACGCGCGCGCCGGAGGUCCGCGAGCUGUUUCAGAAGUUCGGCACGGUCGUCGAGUGCGAUAUCGUUCGUAACUAUGGAUUCGUGCACUUGGACGCGUCGGGCGACGUGAACGAAGCUAUCAAAGAGCUGAACGGUAUGAUGGUGGACGGCCAGCCCAUGAAGGUGCAGCUGUCGACGAGCCGCGUCCGGCAACGGCCGGGAAUGGGCGACCCCGAGCAGUGCUACCGCUGCGGUCGCGGCGGUCACUGGUCCAAGGAGUGCCCCAAGGCGGUGGGCCCUGACCGCAACGGUUUCCGUGAUCGCGCGUUUGGCCGCGACCCAUACCCCCCGCCGCCGCCGCCGCCGUUCCUCCGCGAUCGCAUGAUGGGAGGAUUUGGGGAUCCAUAUGAUGGGUACUAUGACCGGCCACGUUUUGACUCCCCGAGGGACAUGUUCGAGCGAAGAUACCCAGUGGGUGCUUCCCGGGGACUAGACAUGGGGGCAUCGCGAGGUGCUCGAGGAGACUUCGUGUCACCGCCGCUGCGCCGCGAGCCCAUGCCGCCGAUGCCCAGCCUGCCCCCCAUGAGGAACAGCAUGGGAGCCAUGAGGUCGUCGUAUGAUGCUAUGUUCAGCCGCAGGAGUCCCCCGCGAGGACCUCAAAUGUCCCGCGGUAUGUACGAAGAUUUCAGCCGAGACACAUUUGAUGACAGGAGGCCGGGAAUGCGUGGACCCUCACCGUCUAGAAGAUACGCGCCUUAUUAAACUUAAUUCUACUUUUAGUUGUUAUCUAACGCUCAUCUUGAGAAUAUGGUCAAUCAUUUGUUGGUUAUUUUAUAUUGUACCUAAUAUGCAUUAGGCGUUUUAAAACGGGGACUGGGUGGGCCGUCCCCACCUCAGAAGAGAGACAGAUUGGAGAGUGCAUAUAUACCUGUUUUAUAAAGCCAGGUCCCUCUGGGAAAUAAUUUUAAAUUCGCCAAUGCUAAAAUGUAGUUGACUGUCCACAAAAUUUCAAUUUUAUAAGACUACUGAAGAGAACGGACUAGGAUGACUGAAAUGGUAUAAUUUCUAUAGUAAUAGAGCGAGUGUGUCGAAGUAUUUGUGAUGAAUGUAAAUAAGUGAAUAAAUCUCAUUUUAAGUACAACAA